UGUAUCUCUACUAUCGGGUGAUUCGAGCUGACAGCUGGAACAUGUAUCAGUUCUUUUUUCUGCAGAUCUUGCUCCUUGUGACGGUACCAAGCCUUGGCUUUGACUUCAGCAAAGUGAAGGACCUGAAAAAAUGCUUCGUUGAUCCUGACUAUGAAAAACUGGUCAAUAUUGCCCAAAGAGGGCUAGGACAGAAGUGUAAUUCGAAGAAGGUAGUGAUUGUUGGGGCAGGAAUAAGUGGACUCACUGCUGCCAAACUGCUUAAAGAUGCUGGUUGCCAGGUUUCAAUCCUGGAAGCCAGCGAUCGCGUGGGAGGACGGAUUAUGACCCAUCAUCAGGCAGGAGAAGAUUGGUAUGUGGAGCUUGGACCAAUGCGCUUGCCAAAGACCCACAGAAUUGUCCGAACUUUUAUUGAAAAACUAAAGCUUAAUUUAAACCCGUUUGCUCAGAGCCAUGAAAAUGGCUGGUAUUUUAUUAAUGGUAUCAGAGCAAGAGCUAAAGAUGUCAUCCGAAACCCUGGAAUCCUGAACUAUACUGUGAAUGAGUCAGAGAAAGGAAAGUCUGCUGCUCAGUUAUAUUCAGAAGCAAUGUACAAGGCAGUAGAGAAACUCUACAAAUGGAAUUGCAAUGAAAUCUGGGGAAAAUAUGACACCUUUUCUACCAAGGAGUAUUUGAUUAAAGAAGGAGGAUUAAGUCGAGGGGCCGUGCAGAUGAUUGGUGACUUGAUGAAUAGGGAUUCUUCCUUCCACAUCUCUUUCCUAAGCUCGGUCACUGAGUAUGUUGCCUUCCUACAAGUCGGUUUUGAUGAGAUCACUGGGGGAUUCAGUAAUUUGCCCAGAGCUUUCCACAAAUCUCUGCCUGGAGUGGUCCGUUUUAACUCUCCUGUAGUGAAAAUAGCGAGAAACGGUGACGGAGCUACCGUGUAUUACCGUACAGUCAACACAAAAGGUGUCUCUUCAGUGACUGCUGACUAUGUUCUUGUUACGGCCACUGCAAGAGCAGCACGACUCAUCCAAUUUCAACCUACACUUUCCUACAACAAGACGGAUGCUCUGCGCUCCAUUCACUAUGCCGCUGCCACCAAAAUCGCUCUGAUCUGCACUGAAAAAUUCUGGGAAAAGGAUGGCAUCCCAGGUGGUCAGUCAAUCACGGAUCAACCUGCCAGAUUCAUCUACUACCCUGACCACAAAUUCCCCAGUGGGUUGGGAGUGAUCCUUGCUUCCUACACGGUGAAUGAUGAUGCUGAAUUUUUCACUUCCCUCAGCAAUGAGAGGUGCCUGGAUGUGGUCCUGGAUGACCUGGCAGCAGUCCACAACAUCUCUAAGGCUUACCUACAGAGAGUGUGCAAGAGGCACGUGGUGAAGAAAUGGAACAUGGACGAGUAUGCCAUGGGGGCCUUUGCUGCCUUUACCCCAUACCAGUUUAUAGAUUUCUACAAGGUUUUGUUUGAGAAUGAGGGCAGAAUCCAUUUUGCUGGGGAACACACAGGCUUUCCACAUGCCUGGAUUGACACUGCUAUGCUAUCUGCUUUGAAAGCUUCGUUGAACAUCUAUAAGGGUGUCCACUAAAGCUAAUGGGAAAUUCUUAGUUUUCAGUGCAUUUUUUCCCCUGAUAAAUAAGAAAAGUGUCAUUUCAUUCUUUCCUUUCUUCCAAAACUUUUAUGUAGUUCCCCUCCCAUCCAUCCAUUUUCCAAUCUGGGUCCCCCAUACAGUGAGCUACAACCCCAUUGCUCUGUCCUCACAGUCUCACUGCACCCUCACACAUCUCUUUGUCUCAUCCCCCUGUUCCCAUUGUUCUGAUUAUGAGAGUAUCUUUAAUUUACAUCUUUGUUGUAAUCUCCUCACAGCAGGAGAUCUCAUUUUAUGUCCGCAAUGGGGACCUUAUUUUGUUUGAAGCUUCUAUGAAAUACUAUAAUAAAAAUGCUAAUAAGUGCUACUCAGUGAUGAAAGGUAUUACUAGUCAACUAUGUUUUCUAAUGGCAAGUAUGUUCUACUUUGUAGGUAAUGGAUAGUAAGAAAAUAAAUGAAUAUAACACAA